AUGAGGUUCCACGAUUUCCCCGGCGGUCUCGACGAGCUUUCAAGCGACGAGAAGAUGUAUGUAGACAUCCUACUCGGUGAUGAGAUAUAUAUCAAUAUCGACAAAAAAUAUGACGACCUGGUUGAAUUGAUUCGAGGAUUCAAUAGGUUUCUUAGCCUCAAUUCCCCCUUUUCAUCAUCGAUCGAAUGUUCUGACGACUGUGGCGGGCUUUUUGGGCGCCUUUUCAACUUUCUCAACGGGUUGACCCUUGAAGAAUUUUGCGAGCUCUAUGUGACUUGGGAUAUAAAAAAACAGAACUGCGCUCUUGUGGUGAUUCAAUAUAAGCUCAUGCACGCUGUAUUCAACUCGAGUUGGACAAUUCGCAAAUGUCUUGAACUACUUAGCACCCGUAGAUUCAAUGACGAUGACAGAGACGCAGACAAGAUACUUCUUGGUCCUUUCCAUAGAGAGCUUCUUCAAGAGACAAACCAAAUUACCUACUGA